AUGGGGAGGGGAUUCCCGGAGCUCUGCUCCGAUGGGGGUGAGGUCAGGAGAUCCUGGCUGGUUCCCAGCAAGUGUCUGGGCUCCCUAGCCCACUGUCUGCUAGAUCUCAUAAUCAAGCAUUGCUACGUGGGCCUGCAAGAAGGAGGUAAGCAGAGCAUCUUCCUACCCAAGCUUGCUGCAUUAGAGAGGCAAGUGUUUGACUUCCUGGGGUACCAGUGGGCCCCUAUUCUAGCCAACUUCCUCCACAUCAUCAUUGUCAUCCUUGGCCUGUUCGGCACUAUUCAAUAUAGACCUCGCUACAUAGUAGUGUAUGCCAUCUGGACUGCAGUUUGGGUCACCUGGAACAUCUUCAUCAUCUGCUUUUACUUAGAAGUGGGAGGACUCUCAAAGGACAGUGAACUCCUGACAUUUAAUAUCUCCCGGCAUCAGUCGUGGUGGAGUGAAAAUGGCCCUGGCUGUGUAAGGAAGGAGGCUUCAAUGUCUGGCAUCAAGGGGUUGGACAGCCAUUCGUACAUCUCUGUGAUAGGCUGUGCCCUGGAGUAUCGCUACAUCGAGGUCAUGCACAGCUCCUUCCAGAUCCUGAUCGCGCUGGUGGGCUUUGUCUAUGCCUGUUACGUUGUUAGUGUUUUUACAGAAGAAGAAGACAGCUUUGAUUUCAUUGGUGGAUUUGAUCCAUUUCCUCUCUACCAUGUCAAUGAAAAACCCACCAACCUUUUGUUCAAGCAGACAUACCUGCCUGCGUAAAUAAAAAGGAGCCAGAGGAUGGAUAAGCCUUUCACUCCACCAUCAAAGGUGCUGCAGGAAACAAUCCUUGUGGCCUGGAUCUGUGGCAGAGAAAAUGCAGAAUGGUGAACUCCAUUCCAUUUUUUGUUUCUUGUUUUCUUUUCAAAUGCAAUGAAUGUACAUUGAAGAACAGCCUUGCGGUUUGUCUUUAAAUCUACAAGUGCCCUGAUGAGCCAUUCCUACCAUAGUCUGGUCACUCUAGCCAACAAGUGGCAUGGGCCUGAAGGCUGAGGCAGAACAAGUCCACUGGAAGCCUCUCUCAAGGGACACAGUUCAAGUAGGAGCUGCUUCCUUCUACCACGGAUCCAUAAAGAAGGAAGUGCUGCAUACCACCUUGGGACACUUCAGAAGUUCUAUAGUUAGCUUUUUCCCCUCUCCUUUCCCCUUGUUCUGAAAGGAGCCUAAAUCUCCUAAAAAAAAUUUCAUCUCCCUCCUGCCUGUAUAGAACUAUGUGGGGGCUAUUUACAUUUCAGUUGUUUAUAUAUGCCCCCCCCCCCUUUUAAGUUAUAGAUGAGAGCUCUUCCCUUUUUUAUUUCUCUCUCAUCCAGGACUCCCUUCCUCAUUCUCUGUUCCUUAUAAGCAAUGGACUCCUCAGCAGUCAGAAUUUGUCCUAGAUUUCAAUGAUAUGUGACCUAACUACUACAACACUGAACUGCUAAAACCUAGUACAAGUACCAAAUCUUUACUCAGCAUGGAGCUUAGCCCUAUUUCAACAUGCUAAGCCAAUCUCAGAGCAGCAGCAGCUUACUCGAGGUUUGCCCAGCUACAUUAAGUUAACACUGCUGUAGCCAUACCUGCUGCAGGACACUGGAAAAUGCCUAGUUCUUCAUGGCUCACAGACUUUUUGUGCCCGCUUUCCUCAUCGGGCAGCCACACUUAUAUCACACACAAGCCUGACAACAUCAUUCUGGAAUUUUUUUUUUUUGGUUUGUUUGCACAAUGGGUAAUUUAGAGGGGAGUAGGAAAUGAGCAGUAUAAGUGUAAUUCAGUUGCAUUAAUGAGCUGCAGUAAUUAACUGGAAAAAACCCAUAUAGUAUCAGUUUUGUUAGCUACAUCUCCCAGCAUGUAAGCGUCAAGUGGAGAAAGAACACUUUUACAGCCAUCCCUGUUAUUCUUUGGUUGGUAUAUUCUAAAGUGCAGUUGUAAUUCUUUAUUGUCUUGCCUAAUCAGUUUAAGAUCACUUGGAAUUUCUGAAUAAUGCUCUUUCAGAAGAGUCAAGCCUGAAGCCAUGCUGGGGAAGGGAAACACGAGGAAGAAUUAAAGGAAUAAACACAUUAAACGCUAAAAUCAAAAGAGAAUAACGCACCUUUCUCUUUCCCCUUCCAAAGGGCCCAGGAGGCAGAAUACUGUUCUGCAAUAUUAAAAGUAUGAGCAGUAAGA